CUGUGGGCAACUCUGCUGUCCACUGUCCUAGACGUGCUGCCAAUCGUGCCGGUGCUGGCCUUUUUCCAGAUAGUCGUGCUGCGGCGAAGGCUGCCCCAUGCCCGUCGCAUGGUAGUCGGGUUCAUAUUCGUGCUGGCAGGUCUGGCUCUGUUCCUGAUAGGCCUGGAGGAGGCCCUGUUCCCUAUUGGGGAAACCAUGGCACGCCAGCUUACGGCCCCCGAUAUGCUGGGCACCCUGGGAGGGGACGGCGACAUUGACUGGCGCAAUUAUUGGCUGAUCUAUGCUUUCGGGGCCUCCAUAGGGUUUGCAACCACCGUAGCCGAACCGGCGCUUAUUGCCGUGGCCGUCAAGGCCGAAGAAGUGUCUGGGGGGGCCAUGAAGUCCUGGGGACUACGCAUCGCCGUAGCGUUCGGCGUUGCCCUGGGAGUGGCACUGGGUUGUUUUCGUAUCGUAACGGGCACGCCUCUUCCGUGGUACAUUAUCGCCGCUUACCUGGUCGUAAUUGUGAUGACUUCCCAGUCCAGCAAGACCAUAGUCCCGCUGGCCUACGACUCCGGUGGGGUCACCACCUCUACCGUAACCGUGCCGGUGGUGGCGGCCCUGGGCCUCGGUUUGGCGACCAGCAUUCCGGGCCGCAGCCCAUUGAUCGAUGGAUUCGGUCUCAUUGCCUUUGCCAGUGUCUUUCCUAUAAUAACCGUCCUAGGCUACACCAUGAUAACAGGCUACAUUAACCGAUGGCGGCUCAGGCAAGUUCAAGGAGGAAAUGAAUCAUGA